AUGACAGGCCCAGCCAAGCCGACGGAACCUCCGCGCGAAAUACCGAAGGCGCUGCGCCCUCUUGUAUGGGUCGGCAUCCCCGAGGGCGUACUCAAGUGGAAGCCACGACUGCCCUCGCGCAAUUGGUGCAUCUUCUGGACCUCUGUGGCAGCUGUGUCUUACUUGUAUUAUGAAGAUCGUCGACAGUGCAAGAAGAUCAUGGAGGAGUACAAAGAGCGUGUCCGCGGUCUCUCGGAAGAUGUCAUGCACCCUCUUGAGCAUCCUCGAAAAGUAUACGUCUACACAGCCAAAUAUCCUGGGGACGACAACUACGACGUCGGUGUGCGGUACUUUAAACGAUAUGUGAAGCCUAUUCUCGUCGCUGCCGCCGUCGACUAUGAAAUCACAAGCGGUACCAAGUAUGGAAACCUUGCUCGUGAAUUGCGUGAACGCAUCCACGAACGUCGCCGGAACCUGGCUGGGCUCGAGCCGUGGACUACCAACACUGUGGCUGGCACGUCGUUGCCCACGACAUUGUCGCCUGCGCAAUAUCUUCAGCGCGAGCUUGAUGGAGCCGUGGUGCUCAUUGGUCGACCUGCUUUCAAGGAGUGGGCUUGGGCUCUGCGCGAAGGCUGGGGCACCAGUAUCCCUACGACGCGCGUCGAUCGUGACGAGCAGCUUGCCUCUGCCCUGAGUGAAGAUACAGCCUUCGAAGAGCAUGUACCCGAGUCGAAAACUGACAUCCAAGAGGACGGGUCAACGGAAGAAAUCACGCACCCUGCUACCGCCCAAGGAUUCAUGCUUCCCUCUCAGAUCGGACUACAGUCUCUCCAGCAAAAGUCUGGUAAGACCUCAUUCGGCGUGCCACCUACAGCCGUCAUGACACAAAACCAGCCCGGGGCUCCAACAGAUCCGACAGUGCCGGAGCAGCUACUCCCUCCUGUGGCGCCUAUUCCUGCCCAGCCCCCGAUCUGUUUCGUGGACUUUACAAACCUUGUGGGCUGGCGCAACAUUCCGCGCCGCAUUGUGCAUUUCUUCAACCAUCGUAGCGAUGCUCGUCGCGGCGCGGAAGCAGGGCUUAGCAUCGUGCUCGGCACCAAGAGUGAUGCUCGUGAAUUUGACCCAGGCAUGCCGGACCGUGACCCAGAUGCUGCACCGCAGAGCUCCGACCUAGACUGGGGCAUUAAUGCGGAACAAUACUACCCCAACGCAUUUAACCGCACUUUGCAGGACAUUGUCAGGUACAGGAAAGACUAUUACGAAGAGCUGAGAAAAGAGCUACAAGCCAUGCGGGAGAUUCAACGCGGUGUGCGUGAGCCAACCAAGUAUGAGCAGCGAAAUCCUCCUCGGAACGAAGUUGAAUUGCGCGGAGAACGCUUCGACCGGGAAAAGAUGUGGCGUAAUUCCGAGCAGGGAUAUGAAAUUCUCAAGCCAGAGGCCCCUGUAAGCUGGGACGAUACCUGGCGUGGCAGCCUGCGGGUAUUGCAGCCCCGUCAGAAGGAAGAGUGCAUACCUCGCAAGCCUGCUCCGAAGGACGAGGAGCCGGACGUCAAGUCAUCAUAA